AUGGCUCAAAGACCCUUGACCCCUUCGCAGGGCUUGUACGACUCCGUUCCUCCGCCUAACGACCCAGCGCACCUCCAUAGAGGUUAUGGCACGGCUGCCACCAACGCUUCGCACCUCGACAUCGACCAGCAUGAUUUCGGAACCACUCCCGGCAACCCGGGCGUCUCGUCCCCAUUGUCCCAAUCCCUUGCGCCGCAGCGCAGCAAGUUCGGGGAGGACUUCGAUGCCACCCAACGCGGCACCUCCGUUCUGAACGACGGCGACUUGCCCCACCGCACGGCGUCUAAUGCAUCUACUCUCAACCAGGGAGCCGCUCCCGCGCGCAGCGGAACUCUAAAGAAGAAGGGGUCGGUCCGAAGAACAGGAAGCCUGAAGCGCAGUGGAAGCAAGCGUAGCUUGCAUGCCGGCAGUAUACGCGGUGUCAACAUCGAAGACGAGGGUCCGGCCGCUAGCAAAGAGAAUAGCGUUUUUUAUACUCCUGUUCCAACCACGGGAAACCCGACUGAGGUUCUUGCGAGCCGCUUUCAAGCUUGGCGAAAGCUACUCAAAGACAUCAUAGCCUAUUUCCGCGAAGUUCAGACCUCCUACGAGCACCGCUCCAAAACGUUACUCAAGGUCUCCAAUGUUAUCAACAAUACAAACGCGCCAUCAGCCUUCCUGACAGAGGGAGGCUUGAACGAAGCAAAUCGCAUUCUUCGGGACUUCCAUAAGCAGACCGUAGUAGAAGCAAACAAAGCACGGGAUAUUGAAAUCGAUGUCAUUGGGCAACUGAAUGGCUUGAGGCAGGAUCUGGCGCAAAAAAUCAAGGAGAUCAAAUCGCUUUCAGGUGACUUUAAGAAUUCUGUCGAGAAGGAGAAGGAAAGCACGCGCAAAGCUGUCGCAAGCCUUGAAGAGUCCCUCAACCUAAUUGAUACCGACCCGUCAUCUGUUGCUGGAAAAGGUGAUCCCUACGUCGUCCGUCUAGGCGUUGAUCGUCAGAUCGAGAGGCAAAUUGACGAAGAAAACUACUUGCAUCGGGCAUACCUGAACCUCGAAAACUCUGGAAGAGAGCUAGAAUCCAUUGUUGUUGGGGAAAUUCAGAAAUCGUACAAUGCUCUAGCGACCAUCCUCAAGCGGGAUGCCGAUGAAGAAUAUGCCACUGUUGACAAGCUACGGAAUGGCCCGAUCGCAAUGCCAAAAGACUUCGAAUGGAAUCAUUAUGUCGAGAAUGACCCGCACUUUGUCAAUCCUCGUAUCCCGCUGCGACGGCUUGAGGACAUCCAAUACCCAGGCAAGAAUCAUCCUGCAACGACAGAGGUAAGGGCGGGCAUGCUUGAGCGCAAGAGCAAGUAUUUGAAGAGCUACACCCCUGGAUGGUAUGUUUUGUCUCCUACACAUCUUCACGAGUUCAAGUCUGCGGACCGUAUCUACACUCAGCCGCCUGUUAUGUCACUUUACCUACCAGAUCAGAAACUCGGAUCGCACUCGCAGCCUGGUGGAUCCUCCCACAAGUUUGUCUUGAAAGGCCGUCAAACUGGGUCCAUGCAUCGCGGCCACUCUUGGGUGUUCAGGGCAGAGUCAUACGACACUAUGAUGGCUUGGUAUGAAGACAUCAAGAGCCUGACCGAGAAGACUGGCGAAGAGCGGAAUGCGUUCGUUCGACGACAUGCCCGAAGCGUUAGCCAAGGAAGCCAUCGAUCCGUUAGCAGCGAUGGAGGUUUGGACGAGGACGAGGCAGACGCAGUCCCAUAUUCUGCGAAUCAGUCGGUGAUGAACGAGCCCGCUACGGAAGAGCUCCAGCAACGACCAUCUCCAGGUGGGCGAUUUCCAAGCGAUAUCCAGGUGAACCGUCACUUACAAGCACCACUUUCGCCUUCUAGUGGUAGCUCGGACAUCGAUCAUGACCUAACGACCGCGGCCGGAGGCUUGCAAGCGUCUUAUCCAGAGACGAGAGAAGCCCCAGUCUCCAACGACCUUAGCCAGUCUCAACAGAUUCCUCAGCAAUCUCAACAGAUCCCUCAGCAGCCUCAACAGCUUCCUCAGCAACAUGCCCCAUACCCUCCGUACGAAGAUCAGUACGGAAAUCCUGUGGCUGGGGGAUUGAACACCUAUCAACAACCCAAUUCUCAACAAACCAAUUCUUAUUAUCAAGCCCCAUACCCAAAUUCAUCGAACCCUCCCCCGGCCGCUUAUCAACCCCAAUCACCACAAAUUUAUUCCCAACCACAAUCUUCUGUUCCCCAAAGCCAGCCUGCUGUGCAACGACACGAGAGUAGUUACGGCGACUGGAUGGCUCCUGCAGCUGGAGGAGUCGCCGCCGGAGCCCUUGGCGCGGAAACGUACCAUCACCACCAGCACGAUGGGCAGAACGAACAAGAGCCAGCGGUGGCUCCGGUAGCCGAAGAGACCGCACCAGUUUCUCAUCUACAAGCAACGCCCACGGAGGCAUUGUCUCACCCAGCCCCGGCGCUACCUCUCAUGUCAGCUCCCAGCGCGCCAGUCAGUCUCACAAGCACCAUCUCCACAGUCCCCACCUCGCUUUCCACUUCCACCGCAGAGGCGCCUUUUUUAGGGGGAGCUGAGGCAGCAACUGGAGCUGCCUCAGCUAGUACCAUUAAGGCAACAGGCGCAUCUGGAGAGGCCUUUCCCGGUAUCUUGAGGAACAACACGGGCCUCAGCGUUUCGGAUUUGCAUGUGCCUGGCGAGUACCCGAAGGGUCCCGGGGUUGCUUCCUGA